CGUCGAUAAAAGCUGUUAAGGAGCGGAACAAAAAAAGCUGUUAAAGGAGAGAAUUAAUAAGAUGUUCCAGCGAAGACUCUCUUGGCUAUUCUCUAUCGUAGCCAAAAGAUCACAAAGUCGCUUGAUUUCGUGUCCGGCAACUUCUGCUCAAAACUGGCUAAUUUCUGGGCUUCGCCAGAACUUGCAAGCAACGCGAUCAUAUGCAAAUGGAAAAAGUAAAGACUACAAUCUAUUUGGUAAUGUGAAACCAGGUGACGAUGGCUUUAGAAAAGCCUGGGAGAAAGAAAUGGAGGACGAUGACACUCUAUGGUCUGCAAGUGAAGACGAGAGCAAUGAUAAUACAAAACAAGAAAGUGGAAGAAACCGACUUGAAAGAGAGGUUAAGAAAGCUAGACAACAAGCUAAAGACAGCUCUGAUCUAAUUGAUGCAGAUGAUAGUGAUGAAUUAUACAGUGUUUGGUCUGGAAGUGAUGAAGAGAAAACGUUGUGGACUGGCGAUGAAGGUGAUGAUGACGACGAUAUUCCAACAGAUCCACACCCGAACGAAGCAUCUGAUAAAUACUUGGAUAAGUUGUUUGAGUUUGAAGAGAAACCAAAGUACAGGACAAUCUCAGAGCUGUUGAAAUCUGAAAACGAACCUGAGGAGCUUUCACCAGGUAAAGAGGCGAGGAAGCUCGCUGUUGAGAACGCGCUGAAGAAACUGAACAAAGGGCCUGACGGUCGUUACACAAACGUGUGGGAAGUAAUGAGUGAUGUUGACAUUCUGAUUGGAGCGUUUGAAAACAUUAUCUCAGGACCUGAAUAUGAAGAGCUACGAAAAGGUGGACCCAAGAGAUUGAACAUGCAGUUUUUCAAGGACAUACAAACUCGCAUGAGAGAUCCGAACUUCAAAUUCACACCUGAGAUAAAGUUGAAGCCCAAGAGUAAACUAGUGCCUAGGAAGAAAUGGCAGAAGACACAGUCCAGAAGAAGGAAAGCUCAGAAGCGGUAAAAGCUCCCUGCUUGUUCAAGGAGUUAGAUUGA